AUGGUCACGGAAGUUAUCAUCUCUGUCAUACUAUUGUUUGUGGGUAUAGCUGUUUUGGUUGUAAUUCAUAUCUGUCUGGUUGGGAGGGCUUUCAACGGGAAUGACAACAAUGGUCAUGCUGCUUUUCAAAGGGGUAUUACCAGAAACCCAAGCAUGUCCAAUGAUGACAUAAAGAAACUGCCAUGUUUUGAUUACAAGGUGGAAGAGAAAGGGAAUAGCCUCUUGGAUUGUGCUGUGUGUUUGGAGAAUUUUAAGUUGGGGGAGAAGUGCAGGUUGCUGCCAAACUGCAAUCACAGCUUCCAUGCUGAGUGCAUAGACUCUUGGUUGUUGAAGACAGCAGCUUGUCCAAUCUGUCGAACGCGUACGAAUUCGUCGAAGAUUGGGGGGCAAAGUAGCAGUUCAAGCGAAGGGGGGAUUGAAUUAGCAUAG